CAAGCAAUAUAUUGCGUUUAUUAUUUUGAGGUUAAUUAAAUACUAAUUUAAAUAUACACGCGCGCACGUGUGUAUAUAUUUUUGUGAAUGUCAGUUCUUGUUUUUGUGCGCGAGAUAUGCGUUCGAAAAAAGAGCGCGCGUCGUCCUGAUGUGCGUCAUGAGCGUCAGAAAACGAUUGGAAACCUAUGAUAACGAUGUUGCGCAACUUGAAGAUGUAAACGACGAGAAUUACGAAGAUUCAGAAAGAGUAGUAAGAUUCGCGUCCAGCCACACGAGCAUCUCGCCCGACGAGGACUAUGUACCCGCAUGUUUGAUAAAUGAAAAUCAAGAUGGAUCGAACAACGUAUCGCACAACAUGCUUAAAAAUAAAUCCGUGCAAACGUUUUUUAAGUACAUGAUAAACUUGUCGAACCGGCGAUUUGUCGAAAUCAUCAAUACGCCCGUGAACCAUGAAGAUAAAUCCUUAGUGUUCUAUUGUCGUUCGGAUGAAUCGUUGUCCGAGGAACAACAAAAUUAAUGAUAACGACACCGUGCAGUGUGACAGAAGUAAAACUCGAGAUAAGUGUUUCUCUUUUCUUUUAUUUGCAUGUAAA